UCGCAGCGCAACUGUCAACCGGUACCGCCGAAUGCGGCGCAAUGACGAAGAAGACCGCGGAAAGAGCAUUGCGCCCAACCGGUUUGCCAGACGAACCGACCGAACCAAACCAAAACCGGUGUGUGUGUGUGUCCUUUUCCGUUCUCCCUUGCAGCGUGUAUCCCUGCUGGCCGGUUUUCAGUAAAACCAAAUCUCAUCCCCAACGCGCGUGUUCUUCUGGCUGUAAAGUGUUAAUUUCCACUAUUACAUUGUCCGGCCCCAACUCAGUGCGUCGUCGUCUUCUCGCCGUGCACGGGCGUGUUCGUUCUUCCAUAUCUCUUUUGCCCAUAUCUUGUGAGUGGUGUGUGAUAUUGGAACAUUCGGGAGCAGCACGCGUCCGACAGCAAGAGCAAAUAUUGUGAAACUGCGUGAAACAUUGCUUUGGUGCUUACAAAUCGAAACCAACUACCUCUUCGAAGUGGACUGAUUUGCAUUCCUAGUCAUUACAUCCAGGGCUUCCAAACUAGCUGGAGCACACCGUGCCUUAAGGUCACAACCCCUGGAUUAGCGCCUUAAAGCAAGAGAGAGUUCAUUCCAAACACAUCCGACAGCGAACGUGCAAGAAUGGCCCAGAGAGCACUACGCCGGGUGUUUGUGUACGGUACGCUGAAGCGCGGCGAACCGAACCACCAUCUGCUGGCCAAUGCCGACAACGGGUACGCCAAGUUCAUCUGCAAGGGCUCGACGAACCGGCGGUUCCCGCUGAUCGUCGCCACCCGGUACAACAUUCCCUUCCUGCUGGACAAACCGGGCACCGGCAGUUACGUAACGGGCGAGAUCUACGAGGUGGACGAUCCGUUGUUCGAGCAGCUGGACGUGCUGGAGGACUACCGGAAGCUGUACGAUCGGCAGGUCGAGGAUAUUAAUGUCGGCAUUGAGGGGGGCAAUCUGCCGUGCUGGCUGUACCUGCUGCGCAACUGUCCCGACCGGCUGCUGAAGCUGCCGAUGCUGACCGAGUACCGGAACUCGCUGGAGCAACCGUACUCGCGCCGGCCGCCCGGGAAGGUGAACAUCUUCGAGGAACUGCUCAAGGGUGAUGAGUAGUGUGUGCGUAUGCUGUGUUUGUGUGUAUGUGUGGGUUAAGGGGUAACAAAGGUGUAGUGAUAGGUGGUUAAAAAGGGGGAAGGGAAGCAGAACAAAUCUUCUGCGUUCUACAUGUUGUCGAAAAAAACCCCUAACGGGUUGUUUUACGUGAAUCCUACAAGGUCGCACACGAUUUAUUUUGUACUUAGUAUUACAUGGUGGAGUGUAAUAAUGAUAAUAAAUCAAACAAACGUCAAUUUA